AGUCAGAGGGAAGCUGAGAGUGAUAGAAGAGAGGUGACAGUGUGAGACACACUGCAGCUGCAAUAAGGAUUAAUGACACUGGAGGAGGAGGCAAGAAGAGGAGAGGCAGGAUGUUGUGUAGAGGGUUUUUAAGCAACACUGCUGCUUCACAGGUGUAGAUGCAGCAUCAUCAUCAUCCUCCUCCUGCAUCCACAGCCGCAGCAUCAGCACCACGGCUUUGACAGAGGGAUGCUGACAAGUUAGGCUCCCCUGAAUGACUGUAGCUCAACCCUCAGCGUGUAGGAUGUACACGGAACCUGCAUUUGAAAUCUAAUUACACGCACUUGCUUCACAUGCCCACGCCGUGAAAGCGCUGUCAGUGUGUAAGAAAGGGAGAAAAAAGAAAGAAGAAAAAAAGCACUCACUCCAGUGGACUGUGGAUUCCCUCAAUUUGUCCUAGAGGGACUCAGGACAACAGGACGAGAGGAGCGGGGGAGAGGAUCUUUAAAGACUUCAUCGUCCUCCUCGGAGAAGUGUGUCGUGAGCCGCCCGGCUGCUCCUCUGUCCUGAAUGAAACCCUCUUAAGGCGGACGGGAAGCAUUAAAAUUACAUGUCCCCAAGGAGCUCUGCUGUGGCAGGCGGCAAAACCACAGCCAUAAAUCAAGAGCAGAGAGCUUUGAUUUCUUCAUUAUCGGCUCCUGCAGCAACAACAAUGUCCGCUGACCUGCCCAUCUGCACCGUGGGAUUCUAUUUCUGGAGCCUCAUUGCUUUUACAGAUUAACUGCCCUCAAAUAUGGCCCCAAUCCUGUCAGUGUGCCACUAGUUUGACUGCUGCCCGAGGUUGUGCAUAUUCAAGCUUCAUAGCACCCCACUGAGCAUCCGUCCAGUCAUCCAAAAGCCCUGAUGCCUUUGGUCUGUUUUUGAGAACACAGUCACUGCAACUUUUGUUCUGACUCAUGAAAAGGAACAAAAAAAAGUACAUGACAAAACAUCCUAAAAGUCUUAUUUUGUUAAAUAACUUCUCAACUCAUGUGUGAUUGCUUGUUUCCUUUCAAAUCUGUUGACAGGAGAGAUUGACAUCCAGAGCUUUCACACUUACUUUAUGACACUUAUUCAUAUUUUAUUGCAGUGGACGUUUUUUGUUUUUUUUGUUUGAUCCUGAGGGCAGUUACAGUGAAAUCCUUUUGCCCAGUGUUUUCAUUUUCCUGUCUGGGGCUAAUCAGGGACCUCGAUCAUCUCAAUUGGCAUUUUCAUAUAAUAUGAGAGAGGAAGUAACUGGUAUUAGCAUAUUCAUGAACACUAACGCAUUCAAUCAUGUAAAAUUGGAGACAUGGGGCAAAUCAUGAACCACCAAAUCCUGGAACUAAUAUCUUAUUACAUGUGAGGAGAAAAAAGGGGAGUCUUUAAUCCACCCACACAACUUCAGCACAUCAUCUCGUGGCACAUUAAGGACAUUUUCGCUCUCAUAAACCUGGCCUGUGUUGCAGGCCUCUGGACAAAGGCCUGUGAUAAGUCAAAAAUGAAAGAAUAGGAUUAAGAUGGAUUAUCAGUAGAGAAGCAGCUGCCUCUGCAUAAGCCCAUCGGACGCUCUUCAGGGAGACAAGCUGCAGACUGAUUUGCAGAUUACAUUUGGUUGUUGAUGUGGUGGCCGCUUGUGUGGUUGGAAUUAACCGAGAGGGAUGGAGAAUCAGAAUGAACUGGAGCACCCUCUUCUGGGAGAAAAUCCCAAUAACAGCCGGGCAUCCGCUCCGGGGCUGGGGCCCGGGACUGGACAGGCCCCGGCUCCUCUGUUCAAGGGAAUGUUGGUCAAGUGUGAGGAGGACAGAGCCUAUCCUCCCUUAGCAUGGAGAGGCUACUGUGGACAUCCUCCUGAGCUUCAGCAGCAGCAGCUACUGGACCCUUGUUCCUUACCCCGCACACUGGAUUCUUUUUACCCGCCAGCUCCAAUCUGGGGCCACACGGACUCCCUGCUCAGCAAAGAUUACCUGGAGACCACCUUUGUGGACAUUCGGCCUGGCUCCACGCUGGAGAGGAAGCUGCUGGCCGAGGCGCAGGACUUCCACAGCAUGUCCUACAGCAUGGACGAUGAGGAUGACCUGCUUCCUGACUCUGACGACUCGUCCAUUGAUGACUUCAGUGAUACAGACAGUGAGAGCAACUUCCCUCUGAUGAUCCCUCAGGACUAUCUGGGUCUGGCCUUUUUCUCCAUGCUCUGCUGCUUCUGGCCCCUGGGCAUCGCUGCUUUCUACCUUUCACAGAAGACCAACAAGGCAGCGGCUCAGGGGGAUUUUCACGGGGCCAAUGCAGCGUCACGGCAGGCUCUGUGGCUCUCGGUGCUCUCCAUUGUGUUUGGAAUCAUCACGUACAUCUGUGCCAUCGCUGCACUCAUCUCCUACCUGUCUGGGAAACCACCAUAAAGGGCACACAAGGAUUGCGACUCUUGUGCACAUUAUCCACACAAGCCAACAUGUCACCUGUAAAAUAGCCCGUUUUUGUCUAAUUAAACAAUCAUUUUCUCCACAGUGAGAAACAAAGAGCAGUGGAGAUCACAUUCACGUCUAAAUGGAUCAGGUCACAUUUCAACUCAAAGAGGAUGUUCCUUGCACAAGAAUGAAGAAUCACUGAACAUUACGCAGUACAACUCCAUGUAGAAGAUUCAGUCUGUAAGUGUUGUUUAUUGUCACCCGAGGUUUUAAAGCUAUAGUGCGUUAACUUUUUAAGUGCAAACACGUGUCCAAUGACAUUCAAGUCACAUCUGUAGCCAUCAAACCGAAGGGUUCACACAAUUCUGAUCAAGUCAGC